AUGGAUCCGCAUAACUUCGCAUAUUGGGGUAGACAAAUGAUUGAUUUUAUAACAUGCUAUUUAAAAAAUAUCCGAAAAUAUCCUGUUAUACCGGACGUGGAACCGGGUUAUUUAAGGCAGCUACUACCAGAAGAACCACCUGAAGAACCAGAACCAUGGUCAAACAUAUUUGACGAUGUCGAAAAGUACAUUUUACCUGGAUCUUCUGCAAGUGAUUGCAUAUUUAUAUCAAUGUUAGCUGCUCGUCAUCAGGCAGUUGAACGUUAUAAACAUCACUUUGAAGAAGUGGGUGACUCAAAUCCUGAAAUUGCCGUUUUAUCAAGACUUGUAGCAUAUGCCUCUGAAUUAGCUCAUUCAGCCGUUGAGAAAGCCAGUAUGCUGGGAUUUGUAAAAUUACAUCAGCUGAACGUGGAUGAAAAUUUAAGCACUCAAGGCAUAGCCUUACAAAAUGCUAUUAAAGUAAGAUAA